CCUCCUCGAUUCCAAUAAUUCCUUCCUCUUUGCUCUCCCAUGACAUGAUAGCAUUCCAAGUAAUGGCAGCACACUCUGCAAUGCGAACUUCCAAUCAAAGAACUCAAGCCAGUGAACAUGAGAAAGUUUGUCUAUCUCCAGCUAAUCUUAGUUUCAUCUGCCGCCGACGUAGCAACUCCCGAUCCCAUUCCGCCACCUCUCGGCGAUAUGCCUCCCGCUCUCGUUGAGUCUGCUCCCGCCAUAGAGGUGAUCGAGACCUACUCGUUGCCCAACCCAGAUGCGAUAGCUGUGGAUCCAACUGGCACUUUCUUCGUUUCUGGAACAAAGGAUGGGUACGUCUACAAAACGGAUAUCGAAUCGGGAGAUAUUGAAACAAUUUUCUCUCCCAAGGAUUUCCGACCGGACUAUUUCGUCAACCAGACCGACGAAGAAGUUAGGGGACUGUGCGACGGGUCGACUCUGGCCAACGAAAACACCUGCGGCCGUGUUCUUGGUGUCAAAUUUGAUCUCGAUGGAGAAACAGGGGAUUGCAACGGCCUAUGGAUGGCAAAUUCAUAUUUUGGGAUCUACGAGGGAACCUGUGGGGCACCAUGGGAAAUCGUGAAGCGAGUAGCCAUAGAAGGAGGAUUCGUAAACGACAUUCAACCCCUCAGUGACGGGGAAGGAAAUUUCCUCUAUUAUACCAUCACUCAUCAGUCCAAGACGAGGAACGAAUUACCAUAUGUAGUUCUUGAUACCGAGAUGCCGAGUGGCUCCUUCCAUCGGCUUGAAACAAGCAACUAUACCACUGAGCAACUUGGAGAUGGCAUUUAUUUUGCAAACGGUUUGGCGACUUCAUCGGAUGAGGCUUCCAUUUUCAUUUCCGAGACAACAGCUGCGCGGAUAUUGAGAUAUGAUAUCAUGUCUGGUGAAAUCGAGCCUUUUCUUGAAAACCUGCCUAUUCUUCCCGACAACAUAGUUGUCCAGGACGGAGAACUCUUGGUUCCCGGUUACACUCGUAACGAAGACAUGGAAACAUUCCUCAAGGAUCCCGCUGCUCUAAUCGCUUUUUCACACCAAUUUCCAGAUUAUGUGCAACACAGAUUCAAAUCAAUGAUUGCCCCACAAGGAAAUUUGGUCAUCUAUKAUGAAUCAACUGGGAGAAUGAAGGAACAAAUCUUUCAAGCCGACGGGGGCCUUUUUUCCCUGGCCUCAUCCGCUACUAGAUUGGACAAUGGUGAUUACGUAGUAGGAUCGAUCUUUGUCCCGGCCGCCACUCGGUUCAGAAUAUUGCCACAUAUUUCACAACUGCCAUCAUCAUCAGAAACGACAAACGAGGACAACGGUAACUUCGUAGAAUGGGUCUUUGAUCCAAACCUGGUUUCGAAUAAAGAAUUGGGACCAGAAUCGGGAACGGACUCAGAGCCAGAAUUGGAACAAUCGUCGUCCUCAUCGACAGAGAAAACAAUCAUUCAAGUUCUUGUGGUACUGACUAUCAUUUCAUUUGCAAAUGCGUAACUAGUUAAUAUGUGAGCACGAUACUCACUUCUCGUGAAUAGCGCUCCUGGGAUUGAAUAAUAAAAUUACAUUGCA